GCUGCUCGCCUGUGUGAUAGGUUUCCACAGUAAUCUUUAUGCUGCAUUAGAGACAUAGAUACAGAGGUGCUGUACUGUGUUCUUGCAACGGUGGAGGUGCUCGGCUGGUAACGUUAAAGAAGGAAUAAGGCUCCCAAGAGAAGGCGUUCGUCUUUGUUGUGGAGCAUCAGCCGUUAAGGACAGCCAGCAGCGGUGGGAGGUCAGUGAAGGAGACUCAGUUCAUGCAAUUUCCUGCUGCAGAGAGCAUUUUAAGAAAGGACAGCAUUCCUGUGACCUCUGCCUACCAUCCAUAAAAUACUCAUUCCCCUCUCAGCUCUGCCUGCAGUUGAACACAAAGACCUGGAGGAGACUCCCACCUCUUCAGGGAGAAGAAAGGAGGCAGCGAAGCAGAUUAAAGGAACUUGUGGCUUGUGGCCUUUUUGUGCAAGGGCUGCCUGAAAGGGGAGAAAAGUGUAUGAAAGCCACCGUGGCGGUUAAUGAGCUGUGAGAUGAGGCGCUGCUGCGGCCGCUGCUGCUGACACUCGCUCCCAGGCUGCACCCGCUGCCCUUGGCGCUUCAUGUACAUGUGUCUAUUCAGGCCGUGCGGAGGCGUCCAGAAGAGCAUCCAACACGGCUGCCGGGGAAAGACCGCCCACCAUGCCCACGGAGACCCUACAGACAGGUAGCAUGGUGAAGCCGGUCAGCCCCGCGGGCACCUUCACCUCUGCCGUGCCCCUGCGUAUCCUGAACAAGGGGCCAGACUACUUCCGCAGGCAGGCCGAGCCCAACCCCAAGAGGCUCAGCGCCGUGGAGAGGCUGGAGGCCGACAAGGCCAAGUACGUCAAGAGCCAGGAGGUGAUCAACGCCAAGCAGGAGCCCGUAAAGCCCGCCGUGCUGGCCAAGCCCCCGGUGUGCCCGGCUGCCAAGCGCGCGCUGGGCAGCCCCACGCUCAAAGUAUUUGGCAACCACGCCAAGACCGAGAGCGGCGUGCAGAGGGAGAACCUCAAGCUGGAGAUCCUGAAGAAUAUCAUCAAUAGCUCCGAGGGCUCCAGCUCGGGCUCGGGGCACAAGCACAGCUCCCGCAACUGGCCGCCCCACCGGUCGGAAACCACCGACCUGCACCGUCACUCCUUCGCGGAGUCCCUGAAAGUCUACCCCACGCAGGGCCGCGGCAGCCCGCAGGAGGGCGGCUCCCACGUGAGCAGGAGACUGCUGGAGCAGUCAGCUGAGUCCUUCCUCCACGUGUCCCACAGCUCUUCGGACAUCCGCAAGGUGACCAGCGUGAAGCCCCUCAAGGCCAUCCCCUGCAGUAGCUCUGCCCCUCCCCUGCCUCCUAAGCCCAAGGUCGCAGCCAUCGCCACCAUGAAGUCCCCCGAGGCUGACCCUGUGGAACCAGCUUGUGGAGUCAGCCGAAGACCCUCCCUCCAGCGGUCUAAGUCAGACUUGAGUGACAGAUAUUUCCGAGUGGACGCGGACGUGGAGAGGUUCUUCAACUACUGUGGACUGGACCCGGAAGAGCUGGAAAACCUGGGAAUGGAAAACUUUGCAAGGGCUAAUUCUGACAUAAUAUCCCUCAACUUCCGCAGCGCAAGCAUGAUCAGCUCAGACUGUGAACAGUCUCAGGACAGUAACAGUGACCUUAGAAAUGAUGACAGUGCCAAUGACCGUGUGCCGUAUGGCAUUUCUGCCAUCGAAAGAAAUGCCAGAAUCAUCAAGUGGUUAUAUAGCAUCAAACAAGCUAGAGAGUCACAGAAGGUCUCCCACGUGUAAGACAGUGGGUGGAAAGGAGGAAGGGUGGGUCUCUGUGCUUACGCAGUUGUAAAGGUUGUGAGGUCUCCUUGAAGUGUUGUGAGCUUCUCCACUCUUUGUGUUGCUUGUUGUGCAAUGUUUUCAAGUUGCAUGCCUGUCAACAUGGGGACUGACCUGGCUUCCACGUCACCAUCGCUGCAGAGCCUGGCCUAACACGCGUCAUCUGCCAAAAGUUUCAGGCCAGAAUCUAAUUAGGGCUUUGCUCUUAAGCAAAACUGUUUACAUGAAAAUGGUAUACGACUUCUUCAAUAUUUAUGUGGUUCUUGUGUUUUUAUAUCCCGCGCUAUUAUGUCUUAAUUAAAAGUUUUAUCAACUGGCUUUUAAGUUGAGAGCAGAAUCUUUUUGAAAUAAAAAGCCACUUUGCCUACAUGUGAGACUAUUCCAAUGGGACAGUAAAUGGGAUCUGCUACCAAACAGAUAGUGACUGACCGCACAUAGAACCAGGCUGGGUUUUCUGUGGAAUAAAGUGGUGAGCCUGACGUUAAUCGUUUACAUGUUGAAAUUCUCUUGCCACUUAGUGAAGUGUCGCUGGGGUAACAAUGCUAAGUUUUGUGUCCGAUUCAGUGUGUAAAUGUUGGUGGUUCUGUGUAAUGCUGACCCCAAGGAAAGACAAUCAGAUAAAAUGAAGGAUGGUUAAAUCUAGGAGGUUGGGUGUUUGGGGGUUUUGUUGAUGUUGUUCUAAUUUGGGAUAUUUCAGAAAUUUUUAAUACUAUCUUUUGACAGAAUGGCCACCCUAAAACAAAUACUGAAUGCCUUUUAAAAAAAAAAAAAAAGUUGUGUUUAUUUGUUUUUGUCGAGAACUACUAAUUUCAUGCUGUUUCUUUCUCUCUCCCUUUGUUGUUAUUUGAUUUGAGGGAAGGGAGUGAGGCUUGUGCAGAUUUGAGCUAUCAGAAGACAUGAACAGAAGUGAAAAUACCAGCCAUAUCAGUAGAGCCUCCCAUUCAAAAGUGAACACACUUGGUAGCUGAACCAUAUCUGAGCAGCGUGAUUCUGUUGUCUUGCAUAUGUUACUCUCUCAGGCUGUGGGUCUCUGUUACAGCUCUAGGAAACUGUAGAAUUUCAAUGCUAUGUAGCUUUUCCACCCCAUGGUCUCUAGUGCUGCCUAUCAACUUGUCCCCUUUUUUUCCCAAUAACCUGUCUUUCAGGUGGUACAGUUAGCUGUCACUCAGCUGACUCUAUGAUGUGGCAGCAGAGAGGGAAACCUACAAGUGGUUUGCCUCAUUGCCUUUGCCACAUCUGAAGUUCUCAGCAGCGCUACCUUAGACUUCAUCAGCUAAUAGGAAACUUUUUAUGGUGUAAAUGCUGUAAGACUUUGUACAUACUUCAGUUGUUAUGAAAUCUUUAAAGAAAAAAAAGAAAAAGUUACACUAAUAAAUUGCUCUGGUGCAGGCA